GGCCAUUUUCAUAAGGACUUAUCCGUGUACUUGAUGCCAUUUUGAUAUUGCACUUUAUAGGCGAAACGAGUACUUAUGCAUUAGCAGAGUAUGACCUGCCUUCGUUUUAAUUCGUACCAAACCAGUCCUUCUCAUCCUUUAUGAAUUGAAUAACCAAGGAAAUUUUUAUUUUUCAUAGAGAAUCGUUUUUCUAGUUUUUAAAAGACGGUUUAUGCUUCACAAUGGAUUCUGAUGUGGAAAUGGAAGAGUUGCAGAAUCUAGUCGCAAAUGAAGAAAGAACUCUGGAGCUUCAAGAGAAAGAAAAGAGCAUGUACCUAGAACUUUUUGAAAAAUUCAAAAUACUGGAAAACAUAAACGGGUUCUUGCUCAUUGCUCAAUUAAUUUAUCGACUGGUAGUCUUUUUUACAAUUCUAAGUUCUCCAGACAGUGCAACUUUACGCUUAUGUAUCUAUUUAGAAUUUCUUGUUGGAUUGCUUACUAUGGUCUACUUUUUCGGAAAUAUUGUUUGGCUGAAGACGGAUAUGUAUAAAAGUUUUGUCUCUGACUAAGGGUUUAGAAUGCUAAUGCAGUUAGCUUGGCAAAAAAGGGUAAAGUACAAAGAUGAAAGCAUGACAUGAAGAGAACAAGGAUGGCCUUAUGAUGAGAAAACAGUCAUGCAACGGUGAAUGAAUUCUGGACGAAAAAGAUUCCCUUUAUGCUUCGCACAAUUUGAUACACACUUGUGAGUUUUGGUACAUAAAAACAAGGAUGAACCUUUUGAGAGCUGACGACGGAUCUCCUAUGAGAUUCCCAAAUUUCCCUGGUAAGAGAUCAUAGAGUUUAAAGAAAAAUGGGGAAAACCAGCAAUGACUGCUGCUAGAAUCAACAAAUGAAUGUUUAAUACUGAAGCCUUUUCCAGAUCCGUCUUGUAAGCCAAUCAAAACCAAUUGGAAAGAAAUAUUAAUAAAUAAAUACCGUUUUUUAUGCGGCCAUGAAUUUACGUAUUCUAAUAGACCAAAUCCUUAAAAAAAAAAAAGCAAACCCCGGCUUUUCCAUCAGGACGACUUCUGUUCCAAAUACAAAGAUCCAAAGCCAGCACUUCAUUCAUCGUUUAAUCUCAAAUUUGGAAAAUAUAUAAUAGAAACCUUUGGGUUCAAUAAAAAGACACUCCAUUCCGGUAAGAGACUUUCUCGAAGGACCAGAACAGAUGUUCAAAAUAAAGUAUAAAGCCAUUUCGUGAGAUAGAACCAUCUUAUGUAGGAUGUGAAGGGUUGUUUUGAACUGCAGAGGAAAAUAUGGUGUCUUGAAAUCGCUCGGGACCGCUAACACGCACUUGUUUUUGCACAAGGUUCGUCAACCAAUCUUUAGGCUUUGUCUGUGUUUCUGUGGCUGGCUGGAACCCUGCUACACGUCUAUAUUCGUCCAUUUGAGGUCCAUGGAACCAUUCAAUAAACGCCUUCACAUCCUCUUCUGUACCAUCGAGCAAGCCCACUUCUUCAAGAGCAAGGCGAAAGUCCUGCAGGUCGCAAUUUGGUUUUCUACUCACUUCUGCUUCUGCCAUUGUCGUUUCGGAAAGCAGUUGGAUAUAACGAAUCAUUAUAUCUGUAAACGAAUCCAACAGGGACACUUUCGUACGAUCAAGGCCAGCUGCACGCAGUGUUUGCGAGCAAAACACUCGCAUAAGACAAAAGUAAAUGUCGUUUUUGGGUGAUCCUUCCAUGAGAUCCUUUGUAACCGUAGAAACGCGUAAAUAAAGGGGUUUCGCGUUUUUCUCCAAAUCGUGCUUGUGGGUGACCAGAGCUUCAGUACAUUUCAGGAUUGCGAUGCAUCUUAGGGUAUCGUAUGUACGAUACGAUACUAGAGCGAAAGUAAGGUAAUCCACUAAAAUGGGUUAACAUUACGUUGGGAUUUGUUGAUAAACAUAAACAGAGUUGAAGAAAUUUUGAUAUUUGGAUUUUUUGUCGCAUAGCUGUAGAACGACCAGUGUUGGCUUUGCAAACCUUGAG